GCUUUCUGCCACAAAACGAAAUGGUUGUCAGAUGCAAAGACUUUCUUAAAUAUGCUUUUAUCCACAAUGAAAGAACAAUUUCCAGGUUUCAUAGUUGCUCCUGGAAAUGAAGUUGUUAAAGUUUCCCCGAGUGAUGAACUUGACUCCUUUGAAAUUGGCCAAUCUUUGCCGAGUGUUGAAUCAGUUCAGGAUGGAGGAGAAACAACAGAAAUUGGCCAACGUCUGUCGAGUGUUCAAUCAGUUCAGGAUGGAGGAGAAACAACAGAAAUUGAUUCUUUAUGUCAACAGUCAAAUUUACAGAACAGGGAGGAUAAUGUUGCUGCUGCACUACUGGUUACUUCUUGUUCAUCAGACAAACGUCACUCACUCAACUGUGAAAGGACAGUGGAAGUUGAUCCGUUACUUCCUCAUCCAAUAGAGGAAGCAGUGACAAACAGAGGAAAAGUUAACUUGGAUGUAGCACAUGAUGACCACAUUAAGGAUACAAGUGAAAUAAUGCAACUUGAUUCACACUUUGAGCAAUCAAAUUUAGAAACUAAUUCUGCAGGAAAUGCAACGACUAACAACGAGAUAAUUCAUUCACAUAAGAAAAACGCAAUACAAAGGAUAGAAAAAGAUCAUGGGAUUACUCGCAAGAUUCUGGAGCAGCAUUAUGGCAUGACUCUUGAAGAUGCUGCAAAAGAUCUACAUGUUAGUCGAGCAACACUGAAACGAAUAUGUAGAGAAAAUGAAAUUGCUAGAUGGCCACAUCAUAAGACUAGAAAGGUUAAUGUCCAUGUUAGCCAAGGUGUAUCUUUACAAGGUGCUGAACCAUAUGUGGUCGAUCGACAAUGUGCUGCUCUUUCCCAAGAUAAAGGCACCGAUUAUUUGGGUAAUAUAAGAUCUCCUGCAACAGGAAAACCUUGUGAUACUGUGAUGACUUUAAAAGUUACAUAUAGAGGUGAUAUGAUAAAAUUUCAACUCUCCCUUUCAUCAACGAGGGUAGAAUUGGAGGGGGAAGUGGAAAAGAGGCUUAAAAUAUCACUUGAAAGGUUUUCAAUAAAGUAUCAAGAUGAAGAUGACGAUUGGAUUUUGAUAACCACUGAUUCAGAUUUGAGGGAUGGGAUACAUUCACUUGGAUUGUUGGGAAGGAAUACAAUGAGAUUAGUGGUUACCCCACAAGCUGCUGACACAUGAAGGAUUUUCCGUAUGUUUUGUUAUGGUUCAUCUUCAUUGCAAUUUUCUUUCUUGCUUUCUCUAU